CAUGUGAUCAUUCAUUCUCGGACUCUUGUUGCUUAUUGUAAACAUGGCGAAAGAAACUUUGUUCGUCUUCGCACUAGUUUUCACAAUUUUUUUCUUCAAAGAAUCUCAAUCAGCUGUUCCUCGCACUUCGAUCCCUGAUGAAAAAUGGGACUACGUGACUGUUAGGCCUAGUGCUCAUAUGUUCUGGUGGCUUUACGGGGCUAGAGGUGAGCCAAGCGAGCGAGAAAACAAGCCUUUGAUAUUGUGGCUGCAAGGCGGACCGGGGGGUUCUUCUACCGGCUAUGGAAAUUUUAUGGAGCUCGGGCCUCUUGAUGUGAAUCUGAAACUCAGGAAUACGAGCUGGGUCGAGGUCGCUAAUGUGCUGUUUGUUGAUAAUCCCGUUGGUGCGGGUUUUAGUUAUGUCACCGACAAAGGGGCCUAUACUACAAAUGUCACAGGAAUUGCCCAAGAUCUGCUGACAAUGUUCAAAGCCUUUGUGAAUGAGAUGCCAGCAUUCCAGACGAUUCCCCUCUACAUAUUUUGUGAGUCAUAUGGCGGCAAGAUGACAUCAGCUUUUGGCGUGACAUUAUAUAAUGCUAUACAACAGGGUGAGAUCAGGUGUAACUUUAAGGGUGUUGCCCUUGGGGACUCCUGGAUUUCUCCUGUCGAUUCUGUGCUCUCUUGGGGGCCAUAUCUAUACUCAGCCAGUCUGCUUGAUCAGCUUGACUUGGACAGAGUGAACCAGUAUGCACAGGCCACUGCUAAUGCUGUUGCUAAUCAAGAGUGGAAGAAAGCAACAGAUCUCUGGUCAGAGACAGAAAAUGUGAUAGCCCAGACCACUGAUAAUGUUGAUGUGUAUAACAUUCUCAUCCAUAAUGCUCCUGACUUCCCAAAAUUCCCUUCUCUCGGGCGUAAUACCCUUGACCAACUCUAUGCAAACCAUGUGGGACGACUGAACACUGACCCUUUAACACAGCUUAUGAAUGGACCAAUCAAGAAGAAACUUGGGAUAAUCCCUAAUGAUGUGAUAUGGGGGAGCCAAUCAGGGGAGUUAUUCACAUAUCAAAGUGAGGACUUUAUGAGACCUGUCAUUUCUGAUGUCAGUUAUCUACUCAACAAGAUCAAUGUAGUCAUUUACCAAGGUCAGCUUGAUAUGAUUUGUGACACAAAUGGAGCAGAAAAUUGGAUGAAAAAGCUCAAGUGGAAUGGGCUGGAUGAUUUUCUGAAUACCCCUCGCCAACCUCUGUACCCCCCCUCUGGUUUAAAGACCAAGCAAACUGGUGCUUUCCGCAAGAAGUAUGGGAACCUCUCCUUGUAUUAUAUCAUGAAGGCAGGUCACAUGGUACCCUCAGAUGCUGGAGAGAUGGCACUAGAAAUGGUGAAAGACAUAAUACAGGCAAAUUAAUCAAGUAAUGACAAUUGCAUUUAUAUUGUUAUUUGCGCCAAUGACCAUAAAAACAUGUUUGAUUGACACAAAUUUUCUGUUGUUUUCUGACAUGCCAUCAGUGACCACCCCCUCCUACUGUUUUGGCCUUGUCAAGCUUCAGUCUCUGGUACAUGUCAUUCUAAUAGUGAUUUAUAUAUAGAAAAGCGGAGCUCCAAACGACCUAAUCUUUGCUUUAUUUUCUGUUUCUGACGAUUUCAGUGAUUUCACAGAUCAUGUGCCCAAUUUGUUAAACCCCCUUUCCCCCACAUAACACACACAUAACAAGUUUAGCUGUCAUACAAUGUUUCAGCGUCAGGGUAGUUUUACUUUUAGUGAUGCAAUUAUGGGUAAAAUGUUAUUUUGUCCACGAAAGUUGUCACCCUUUAUUUAAAUGGUCAUUUAUGAAAUGUGACCUCUAUCGAGCGGUCACCAGUAUUAACCCGACACGGCUACCCAAUUGGCUGAUUUAUUUGUGCAGGAGGGUAACAUCUAGCCAGCUAGAAGAAAACCUAUCACCUUCAAAUAUGAAUUCACAAGGAAUCUAGAGUCCAAAAACCUCUGUUCCCCACUUCCCUUUGACUUACGACUCUCCCACAGUUCGCUGGUCUCUUUAGGUACUUGCCAACCCGUGAUGGAGACUGAAUCCACCCAUCACCCUUUUGUCAGCUUUUUCGGAACCUUUAUAUUUGGUUCCUGAAUAACUUUGUAAACAGGCCUCGUCUUAGGCCAAUACGAUUGUUACUAAUGUUGAUUGAAAUAAAACGAGUUGUUAUGUAUA